AUGAGGAUGAAGCUGGUGUUGUUCUUGAUAUUUUUCCAAUAUCUUUCCAAUUUUUCCAAUUCCGUGGACAAAAGUUUUGAUGACUUCGAUUAUUGUUAUUUGAAGUCUGUGAACCGGAGCUAUAAGUACUUCUUCAUAAAAGUGAACUUAUUCAAAACGCCCAUUACUAAAAUUAAAGUUACUGGAUUAGUAUAUAAAAGGUUCAAUGGUUACCGCCCCUUCUUUUACAAUGUUACUGUGGAUUUCUGUAGGCUUCUGAGUGGUGUCAAUAAAAAUCCAAUCGCUAAUUAUUUGUAUAAUUUCAUUAGCACCUAUUCCAAUAUUAAUCAUACGUGUCCUUAUGAUCAUGAUCUCUUAAUAGAAAAGCUUGAUGCCAACUUUAUGAACUACCAAGUUACAAAAGUUCUUCCUGUUCCGGAGGAUGAUUAUCUUUUGGAAGUGCAUUGGAUUGCUUAUGAUAUAGAGAGAGCGGUUGUACAAUUUUUCGGUACAAUUUCAUAA